AUGACGUCAGGGAACCAGGCACCCGCCGUCACCAAAGCAGCUACUGGAGAGGGGGAGACGGUCACGUACGACGGCAAUGAGUAUUCCAUCAUUCGGGAAGGCCUGGCGGACAUCCUCGUCCCGGCCUCGCUGAGACAGAAGGAUGGAGGAAAAGCAAGUGAUGAACAGCAGGUGUUCUACAACCCGAUCCAGCAGUUCAACCGUGAUCUUUCGGUCCUUGCCAUCCGGGCGUACGGGGAAGACGCGCUGGCCAACCGGAAAUUGAAUGUUGCGGAGAAACGGCUCGAGAAGGAGAAGAAGAAACGCCGCAGGGCCGAAGGAGAUGACGGGAACGACAGGCCGGCCAAGGUACAGGCCGAACCACAAACGCAAGAAAAACAGGGUUCGGUCGAGGAGGGCGAGGACGAGGACGAGACAAAGACGGAAUCCACAAUGCGCCCUCGCUUCACCAUCCUAGAUGCCCUCUCCGCCACGGGCCUACGUGCUCUACGCUACUCGCACGAGCUGCCGUUCGUGACGUCGGUCACGGCCAACGACCUGACCAAGUCAGCGACCGAAUCGAUCCAGCUCAACGCCAAGCACAACAAGCUGGGGGACAAGAUCCAGGUCAGCCACGACGACGCCAUCGCGCACAUGUACCGGCGCAUCGCGGACGACCUGUCGCAGCGGGACGCGCGGGGGCGGCCGGGCAAGAAGAACAAGUACGACGUGAUCGACCUCGACCCGUACGGCACGGCGGCGCCGUUCCUCGACGCGGCGGUGCAGGCGGUCCGCAACGACGGCGGGCUCCUCUGCAUCACGUGCACGGACGGCAGCCACUGGGCGGGCCACUCGUACGUCGAGAAGAGCUUCUCGCUGUACGGGGCGUCGCCGAUCAAGGGGAUGCACUCGCACGAGGUGGGCCUGCGCAUCAUCCUCCACACGGUGGCCAACAUCGCGGCGCGGUACGGGUUGGCGGUCGAGCCGCUGCUCUCCCUGUCGAUCGACUUCUACUGCCGGAUCUUCGUCCGGGUCCGGCACAACCCGCAGGCGGUGAGCUUCCUGGGCGGCAAGACGAUGCUCCUGUACCAGUGCGCGGGCUGCUCGGCGUGGGAGACGCAGCCGCUGGUGCGGACGCGGCUGCACCCCAAGAAGAAGGAGGGCUACUUCUUCAAGCACGGGCUGGCGCAGGGCCCGACGGUGGACGCCAAAUGCCGGCACUGCGGCUCGACGAUGCACGUGGGCGGACCGCUGUACGGAGGGCCCAUCCACGACCAGGGCUUCGUCCGGCGCAUGCUCGACCUGCUCCCGACGCUGGACAGUAAGGUGUACGGGACGAUACCGCGGAUGGAGGGCAUGCUGACGACGGCGCUGGAGGAGCAUCUCCCCGGGCCGGAGGGGGAGGAGGAGGAGGGGGCGGAGGGGACGGAGGGGCCGGAGGGGGCAGAGGAGUCGGGACAAGUAGGGCUAAGGGUAAGGGCUGGUGUGGACCCGCGCGAGGCGGAGAUGGCGAGGGUGGACCAUGCGCCUUUCUUCUUCAUGCCGUCCAGGCUGUCGGGGGUCCUCAACUGCCAGGCCAUGCCGGAGAACCUGUUCCGGGGGGCGCUGAAGCAUCUCGGGUACCGGGUCACGCGCAGCCACUGUCGAGCGGGCAGCGUCAAGACGGAUGCGCCCUGGGAGACCAUCUGGUUCGUGAUGAGGGAGUGGGUGCGGCAGAAGGCGCCGGUCAAGACGGAGAAGAUCAAGCCUAACACACCGGCGUAUGCCCUUCUCGGACUGGGUCAGACGGGCGAUGAUGCGAAGGCGAAGGCGAACGCGAGCACGGGCACGGGCACGAGCACCGGCGCGAGCAAGGCAGAGGAGGGGGAGGAGGGGGAGAAGGACCAGCCGGCUUCAGACGAGGAACUGCGCAAGACGUUGGUUUUCGACGAUGCUUUGGCCAGGCUAGGGAAAGAUAAAGCGAAGGGCAACAAGCGGCUGGUGCGGUAUCAGGACACACCAGCUCAAUCCAUCAUCUCCAUGCCCUCAAACCAGGACCCCGCGAUUCGACAGGCGGGAGAGCUGCAUCUCCAGGAUGGAAAGCUGAACUACACGACGAUUGACGAUCACAAGGAACAGUCUUCACUUCCAGAGGAGAUUGUCUUCGUUCUCAAGUCAACCAGCCCGCCCCUCACAGGGCACUCCGAACGUUUCCUCGUCGCAUACCUGAGGGAAGACAGCGAAGCCCCUGGACAGCCCUACACACUCCACCUCAUCCAGACCGAUCAUGUCCCAAAUAGCCUACUAGAUAGCCACCUCAUCUCUGGUCUGCCAAACCACCUCAGCCCCGAACACGCGAUACAUAUCAUUGUUUCCACCAAGGCAGGGACAGGUCUGGCUCUCGCGUGUUGGGAGACUGUAGUGCGACCGCUUCUCAAGUUGCUCUUCUCAUCGAUACCGACAGGGCUUGGAGAUGAAAAUGGCGACGGAGAAAGGUAUCACGUCCUUACGACUCGGUCAGCGCAAAGCAUCAAACAGUUUGCCAAAUCCCUCUGCUCGAGAAGGCAGAGCGCCACCACCACCCACCCCGAGACAAUCAUCCUGCUAUCCGGAGACGGGGGCGUCAUCGACCUCCUCAACGGCCGCGAGGACACAGACAAUAACGGCAACGACGACGGCGACCACAAGUCUCCCUCGACAAACGAUCCAUUGCCCACCAUUGCCCUCCUCCCGCUAGGCACCGGUAACGCCCUUUUCCACUCCCUGCACAAACCGCUAUACGACAGCAGCGCAGCCCGGACGACCGCCGUACCAUCUCCGCUCGUCCUCGGCCUCAGGACCCUCUUCCGCGGCCGCCCCGCCCCGCUUCCUUCUUUCGACGUCAGCUUCUCCCCGGGCUCCCAACUGGUCUCGUACGACGACGCUGACGCCCCCUCCCCCCAUCGGCAUGAUAGCCAGGUCUCGCGUCUCACCGGCGCCAUCGUCGCCAGCUACGGCUUCCACGCCCAACUCGUCUGGGAGAGCGACACGCCGGACUACAGACGACACGGAGACAAGCGCUUCGGCAUGGUCGCCGCGGACCUGCUGCGUGAAAGCCACGCCUACAACGCCCGCGUGCACAUCCAUCCCGCGUCUUCCUCUUCCCUCUUCCCUUCCUCCCCUUCUCCUCUCUCGCCAUCCUCGCCCUCCCACGAGAUUCGCAUCACAAACCACCAAGACGACGACGACGACGACACAACCGCCGCCGAUGGUCCGCCCGGCAAAUUCAGCUACGUUCUCGCCGCCAUGGUCUCGAACCUCGAGCGCACAUUCACCGUCUCCCCCGCCAGCCGCCCCCUCCAUCCCGCCCUGCAUCUCGUCUACUUCGGCCCCGUGGGCGGCGAGCGCACCAUGGAGAUCAUGAAGGCCGCGUAUGACGGUGGGAAGCAUGUCGCCUUGCCGGACGUCGGGUACGAGGAGGUUUCGGCCUUGCGCGUCACUGUGCUGGAAGCCGAUGCGCGGUGGCGCAAGGUUUGCAUCGACGGGACUGUUGUUGAGAUGCCCCACGGCGGACAGAUGACCGUGAGCAGGAUGGAGAGGUCGUUGUUUGGCGUUUUGGUGGAUUCUUCGCUCCUUGGCUAA